AGUUGACAGUUGAGCAGCUGGUUUGUUUUCUUUCCUGAAAAUUUUCAGGAUACAAGAGCGUGGCUUUGGAUUAUCGUGCAGAAGUCUCUCACAAAAAGCGGUGCAAAAGUUUUAUGAGGGCGUGCAAAGUGCGGGGAAUGUUGUGCCGUUUAAAGUGUGCGUUGAAUUAAGCAGAUAUCGCAUACGUGGAAGAAACGUGCAAGCCCCUGAAACAAGCCACUGGCGUAGCCGCCGCCAAAGCAGAAGCAGCAGACAGCUAAAAUAACAAAACGACGGUGUGUGUGUGUGUGUGUGCAUGUGUGGUGUUUGUGCAAAUGGCUGAAAAAUUUUGUGUUUUUUGUAUUUAACUCUUGCGUCCUUCAUGUGCAGACAAUAAAUAAAGUGGUGACGAUUUUCUCAAAAUACCUCAAGGGGCAGAACUCAACGUUACGCCAAAACUAAAUAAAAGAUGCAUCUGAAUCAUGCAACCGCGGCAUCGGCAGCGAUGGCCAACUAUCAGCACUAUGCGCCGGCACAGCUUGCCACGCACGGUGGUGGUGGCGGAGGAGGUGGUGGCGGUGGAGGUGGCGGCACAAAUAGCCUACAGCAGCCCACAACCAUUGCUGGGCUGCAGCAGAGUCCGUUUGCAUUGCACCAACUGACCGCAGUGCAGGCUAUUCAACAUCCCACCCAUCAAGCCAUGCUGCAUCCGCAGCAUCCUUUGGUGCACCUGCUUGACAUCUCGACAACUACAACAAAUAGCGCGGGUAACCACACCCCCAUAUCGCCUAUGAAGCAGGAGGUGCAGAGCGUUAUCAGCGAAGAUGAGGCCGUUGUCGAUGAUCCGCGGAAGAAGAAACAGUGCCACGUGUGCAAGAACAAGUUCCGCCAGCUGACCACAUUACGCAACCACAUGAAAAUACAUACCGACGAACGGCCGUACAAAUGCAAACAUUGUGACAAGGCCUUCCGCCAGAUUUCUACGCUGACCAAUCACGUAAAGAUCCACACUGGUGAAAAGCCGUUCACUUGCAACAUCUGCGCGAAGGACUUCCGCCAGCAGAGCACAUUGAUUAAUCACAUCAAGACGCAUAAGGCGGCAGAGUCAAGCACGCCCACGUCGCUGCUGAACUACCAGCCCCAGCCCACUGGUACGGGCAAGCACAAUCGCAAGUCUCAGAACCAGAUGCACAAUGCCUAUCAGCAGCAGCAUCAGCAGCGUGUACAAAUCUCAAAGACUCUCUAUUCGGGUAGUUACAGCUCGCCACAGGCCGAGGAACUAGUAAAACCGUACCAGUGCAAUGUGUGCAAGAGGCGAUUCCCCCAGCUGAGCACGUUGCACAAUCAUGAGCGGACGCACAUCGAUCCCAAGCCGUAUAAGUGCGAAACGUGUGACAAAUCCUUCAGCCAGUUGGCCACGCUGGCCAAUCACAAAAAGAUACACACCGGUGACAAACCAUACACGUGUUCCUACUGCCACAUGCAGUUCCGCCAGCAAAGCACGCUCACCAACCACAUGAAGACGCAUACGCAUCUCGCCCAGCCAGCCACAGCCACAGUGGAUCACUCAAUGCCAGCGCCCGCUGCUCCAGGCGGCGGUCUGUUGCCCAACAACCUGCACAGCACAACACCUAACAUCAUCCAGCUGGACCAUCAUCCCCUGCUGCACUUCCUCGAUGGAACCACCACGGUCAGCUCGGUUGUGGCAACCAAUUCGGCGGCAGCCGCGAUCAACACAAAGAACGAACACUACCAGGCAGCCGCGCAGGCACCGCGCAUGAAUGUCGGCAACAUCAACAUGCUGAAGGGCGAUAACCCGGAUCGUCCAUUUGGGUGCAGUGUCUGUCGGCGCUUCUUCUCACAGCAGAGCACACUCGUCAAUCACAUCAAGACGCACACUGGCGAGAAGCCCUACAAGUGUAAAAUCUGCGAGGUAAAUUUUCGGCAGGUGGCUACGCUUAACAACCACAUGAAGAUACACACCGGGGAAAAGCCCUAUAACUGUUCCUACUGCCCGAAACAGUUCCGGCAGAAGAGCACAUUGCAGAAUCAUCUGCGUGUGCACACUUGCUAGGCGAUCCAUCAAGCCAAUACGCCACACAACCAGCCAUCAAGGAAUAGUGCAAUAUGCGUAGCUAUUCACCGACACCCUCACAGACACCCAGACACUUAUAUGCUAUACAAAUACUAUAUCUAAUUACUAUAUACUCAAACAUGUUAUUUACCUGCUGUGCAGAGCGCAAUUGUAACUAUAGUAGAGCUGAUCCACAUGCGUGUCCAACUGUAAAAUAAGGUUAGGCGUACAUAUACGAGUAUACACAUAAUACAGGGUGUUAAAAACCUAUAUUACUACUACCGACCCCCUACUAAUUAGCUUCACUGUUGUCACUAAGUAGUCCCCUCUCCCCAAUUCAGUUGCAAUCCCGAGAUUUUGCUUCUCAGCGUCGUCGUGUUAAAUGUUAAGCGGAACGUAAAACUAGUUAUUGCUAUACUGUGUAAUCCCCGCGUACGUUCGGCGUAUGCUUCUUUAAUUGUAAGACGUAAUCAGAAACUAUUUAUAUAAGUGUACUCUUAGCGCAUAUUUAGCAGCAUCUUCUACUCACAUGACUAAAGCGAAACGAUUGCGAUGGAGAUCGUAGAAUCGGGUUAGAACAAAAGGUAACAUCAGACAGACGAAUGUCCCUACAUUAAGAAAACAAAAAUAAGUAAAAAGUAAAUUGCAAAUGACCGUAAACGUUGUAGAGAAUAUAUAUAUUAACUACAUAUUUGUAAAUGUAAGCCAAGCGAAAAGCAAAAACAAUA